GUAUGUAUGUAUGUAUGUAUAUAUAUACCUGUAUACGAAUAUACCACUGUCCAUGGAACUCUUCAUGUUUUUCUUUAAACCCGUUUUCUAGCUUCGUGAAUUCGAAUUCUUGGGUCGUCUGCCUGAUGUGUAUGAUUUUACGGAUACAAUGCCCCUUUAAUGGCGACAAUAGAUUCGUCUGGAGAGGCGGAUGUGUGUCGAAGAAUAUAUAAGUUACUGGAGGUUGAGGGUGCUGAGAGAGUUCUAUUGGCUGGUAAGGCUGGAAUAGGGAAGACAUGGGUGGCAAACGAGGUUUGCAAACUUGUCAGGAACGAAGGCUCGUGCUAUCUCCAGCUCUGGUUGCAUCUGAACAGAAAUUUUGACGAAAGAUCGCUUUACGAGGACAUAGCUGCCCAGUUGUGCUUAUUUCAUGAAUAUGAAGAGACUGAGGAUGAUGACGGGACGAGGCCAGACGAGGAGAAAGAGGACGACAAGAAGGAGGAGUGGGAGAAAUUCAUGGCUAAGAUAAAAAAGGAGCUCAUGGAAAAGAAGAAUCAGGCGGAAAAGAAGAGUUCUGUGGAAGGAGACAAGAAAUCUGCAAUGUCUGAAGGAGGGAAUGCUGAAGGAGGGAAGAAACUGGCUAAAAGAGGGAAGAAUGUAGCUGAAAACAAGAAAUCUACAGCAGAGAAGAAAAUGGCGGCUGAAGGAGACAAUAAAUCUUCAUCACCUCCUCCUAAGAAAUAUCUUCUGUUGGUUCUGAAUGAUGAGGGAAGUGUGACCAAGGAAGAGGAGGUCAUGACAGAAAUGAAACUUGGAGAGUUUCUCAAAGAUUGUGGUCCUAUCAAGACACUGAUCACAAGAAGAGUAGUAGAUGACAGCUCUACAAACAGCCAUGGCGAAACUAAUCCUGAGACUGAGAAUAAUUUCGGCGAAAUUGAUUCUUCUCCUGAGAACAAUACAGGCAGAGCUGAGUCUGAUACCAAGGAUGAGACAAAGGCUUUACUUGAUUCCCUUACCGAGGAAAAAAUGGAAACUUUACUCGAUUCCCUUACCAAUGAUAACUCGAAGGAGUUGCUUAAGGGAAAUUGGGGAAUUGAUGGCUCCACAUUCAAAUCUACCAUUGUGGAGAAGAGUCUGGGUUUGCCAGCAGCCGUCGUUGUUUUAGCCAAAUCCUUAAACUGCAUUGCUAUAACGCCUGGAUACAUCGAGAAGGUUUUCAAAGAAGUGGUUCCCUCUGAGUCAUCGGAUGAAGCUGGUGGUUCUCAAAGUACUAUCCAUCUGAUCAAUUAUGUUCUUCGUCUCGGGUACGAGUUAUUGAAAAGAAAUGAUGUGUCAGAACCCCGUAUCAUGUUGGAUUGUUUUUGGCAUAGUUUGGACUUCUUCAAGCAUUGUGGCUGCGUUUAUUACCGUGAUCUGAUCACGCAUUGGAUUCUCGAAGGCUACUUUGAUCCAGUUAGAUCCGUCGAGAAAGCCUAUCAGGAAGGACACUCUGUCUUGAUGGAGUUUAUAAACCGUGGUAUUCUGAAGAUUCAAGGGAACAAUGUGGUGGUGCCAGAGGUGGCAAUGAGCAAUCUAAUCGAUCUUCGAUAUCGUGGGUUCUUCGGCACAUCACAUCUUGGUUUUUCUAGAGUUUAUGGGGGAGACACGACAAAAGGGCUUGGAAGAAUCACUGUGGUAGACGAUAUGGUAAAAACAGUGCAAACGAAUAAGAAAAGAGAAAAACUUACUACGGUUCUUGUCAGUGGAGAUCGUUUACGUCGGGAAACUCCUGGAAAGUUUUUCGAGAACAAUGAGAUGAAUGAUCUUGAAAUACUUGGCCUUUUCAACCCGACAUUGGAUUCACUCGUCUGGUCUUUGUCAAAAGAACUUUAUAAACUCAGAUUUCUCGUGAUCAGGGACUAUGAUCUAUUGGAAAAAAUUGAUGAGCUUAAAGAACUUAAAAGGUUGCAAGUUCUUGAGGUUUCUGGAGCAAGCUCCUUGGAGAAUAUCCCAGACGACUUCUUUAAGGGAAUGUCUCGACUUCAAAGCCUUAAUCUUUCCGGACUUCGGAUCAAAUCCUCACCAUCUUCUAUCUCUGAAUUGAUCGAACUCCGCUGUCUUAUCCUUAGAGACUGUCCUGAGUUAGAAGAUUUGCCAGAAAUACACAACUUAACAAAGCUUGAGGUCAUUGAUCUUCGCGGUGCACGUGAGCUGAAGACUUGUUUUGAUAAAGAAAAGGGCGAAGACAAAGACAAAGAUAAAGGCGAAGUCGGAGACAAAAGCAUAGGCGUAAAGAAAAACAAGAGCAAGAACAAAAACUUUUAUCUUCUUACACAACUCGAACUUCUUGACCUCUCAGAGAGCCAAAUAGAACGGCUACCGAUAUUCCAAGACUCUGCUGAGGCGAAGGAGCUUAGUUCGUUGACUCGACUCCUGUUGCGUGGUUGUAGUAAUUUGAAAAGAUUGCCCAAUCUGAAGCCCCUGUCUGGUCUCCAAGUUCUUGAUCUUUCUGGCACUACCAGCCUAACUGAAAUGCUGGAAGUAUGCUUCGAGGACAAAAAAGAACUCAGGAUUCUUAAUCUGUCAGGCACUAAUCUCAGCGAGCUGCCUUCAACCAUCUGUGAGCUAUCCAAUCUCACUCAGUUUCUCCUUAAGGAUUGUCCUAACAUGGAAGCUCUUCCAAGCAUCGAGGAGCUCACAUGUCUUGAGGUGUUUGAUGUUUCCGGGUCUACUAAACUGGGGAAGAUUGAGGGAUCGUUUAAACGCAUGUCGUAUAUGCGGGAAAUCAAUCUAUGUGGCACCAAGGUCAAAGCCAUACCACAGUUGCCAGAGCAUAGCAGCCUCUGCUGCUCAAAAUACAUUGUUUUGCCAGAUUCAAGCCGUAAAAAAGGUGAAAACUGGAGAAAAAUAAAGGAGCUCCUACCGAGUGGAAUGUUUCAGAGUGCUGGUUCUUCUGAUGGAGGUGCCACAACCAGCGAAAUCUCGGAACAUGAGUCAAGACAGGGAGAGACAUUCUCGGAAGAACCUCAAUCCUCUGUCUGCCCUGAGAAAGAAGACAAAUGCAGAAAACUUGUUUAUCACGGCAACCGAUAUGAAUCUCUGCAGGAAAACAUUAGAAAAUUUGUUCCGAAAAGUCCUCAGAAGAUCGAGGAGAUCCCUUCUUGUAGUGAUUUCUCCGAUAAAGACUGGGAGCACAUAAGCCAAGCUGCAUUUGUGUCUUGUGUGGAUAACUUCUCUGCAAGUGUGUCAUCUGUCUUCGACACGUUCAACAUGACAUCAGUGAAGGGAUGUUGGGUUAAUAAGAGCAAGAAAAUGGAAUGCCUUUUCACUGGAGAACAACACGUUGAAGCGCUGGAGACUUUGUGGGUGUCAAAUCUUCCAUUAUUGAAGAGUUUAUACAAUGGAAAUCCAGAGGAUUGUGGCUUUAAGAAUCUAAAGAAACUUAGCAUAGAUUGUUGCCCGAGUAUCGAAACUCUCUUUCUUGCAUCUCAGCUGCCUACAAGCCUGGAAGAACUGCAUAUAAAGUUUUGUGACAAGCUGGAGAAAGUGUUUGGCCAUGAAGGUGAAGUGCCGAGUCUGAAAACGCUUCACCUUCUUGAGUUGCCUGUGUUAUCGGCCGUUGGAGCUAGAUUACCUAACCUGAUAACAUUCACUAAGCGGGAAUGCCCAAAGCUGACCACUGAAGAGGAACUUGAUUCGGACUGGGUAAUGGUUUCUCGCGAUGAAACCGCACCAUGACAUAUAAGUUACAGAGGCAGUCCAAGCAAGAUCAACUUACUACUGCUGCAUGGAUUGGAUCUUUUGGUCUUAAUCUUUCAUGUACUAUUAUGUUCUUCUAGUGUCUGAAGAUCUAGGUUGGUGAUAAACAUGUAGAAAGAACUUGAUCUUCGUAACCAUUUUUCCGUCUUUUGUUGUUGUUUUUGUUGUUGUUGUUGUGAGAUUUGCUAAAAUAAAAUCCCAGACAGGUUUGCUUGUUCA